AUGUCGGCUUCGGAGAAAUUUGAUACGGCCGGAUUGGAACUCUCGGCCGUGUUCGAAGAAUUCGACCUCCCAGCAAGCAAUCAAAGAGUCGUCACUACAUCUCAGAAUCAGACAUUCACCACGCCUCUCGCGUUACGUGCAGUUCCUAGAGAUGAGGAAAUAACCCUUGACUCGGUCAUCGAUCGUAUCCAAAAUCUCCAGGGGAAGGACGGACUACUCACGAAAGCACUGGCCCGCCAUGGAACCAUACUGUUCAGAGGGCUGCCCAUUUCCUCGGCAGAUGAUUUCAGUCGCUUCGCCCAUGCCUUUGGGUACAAGCCCCAUGAAAUUAUAGGCAUCGUGGUCGAUAGGCCGGUGCUAGCACCCAACGUAGCUCCGGCGAACGAGGCACCUAAACAUGUCGAGAUCUAUAACCAUAACGAAUCACCCCAGGUCCCUCACGCCCCUGAAUACAUCUUCUUUUACGGCCACAAAGUGCCUGUUAAAGGUGGUCAGACACCUAUUUCAUCCUCGAUUGAGUUGUUCGCACGUGCACAGCAAGAAAUUCCAGAAUUCAUCCAAAAGCUUAGCGAGGAAGGCCUCCUCAGCAAAGUCACAUAUAAGUUUGAUCGACAGUACACCGGAGGAUCUACUCUGAGGGAAGCCUUUGGAAAGGAGAUCAAGGACGAAGAUGACGAUGCAACCCGGCGUGCAAAAAUAGAAGCACAGAUUGGUCGCUAUGGGCGCGGGAAACACACCACAUGGGAAUGGAUCGACGAUGGUAUCAUAGUCUCGCACAGAAUCCCAGUUAUCCGCACCCAGCCAAGCACCAAUCUCCCAGUUUUAUUUACCGGCUUGGCUGCGUAUUGGAAGAAUUCUCAGGGCGGAUCGAGUACCCGCAAGCAAAUCACGGAGCAACUAUACGGAGAUGGCACGCCUAUCCCAGAUCACUACCUCGAGAAGCUGGCAAAGAUAACAGAUGAAAUUCGCGUACUGCAUAAAUGGGAAAAGGGGGACGUGCUCGUUUAUGAUAAUAUCAUCUCCCAGCAUGGGAGGCAGCCGUGGGAGGGCGAGCAGUCUGAUCGUGUGAUCAUGGCAAGCUUAUUUGACGGUCAACAUCUUCCCGGGGCAUACACAAAUGCUGAUUGGGCCCAGGUUGUCCAGGCUCUUCCAGGUUGA